CUAUGACCAUACGCCGGGAUGCCAGUAUAGCGGUUGGUCCAGCUAUAGUGGCCGCGUACGCGCUGCUGGCCUUUUGCCUUCGUCCAUUGUUGAAGCACAGGCCGCAAUGGGCCAAGAAUUUCGCCGCCGAAACAGAGCAUCCUCCUGGCAGAGGCAAGAGAUGGACCCAUUGGACUGCUAUUCUGCUCUUUUUCUCUUCUGCCGGCCUCGGCAUCGCCAUCGCUUCUACUAUUUCACCUCCUCGAGUCCCGUCUAACUUGCUUUCCAUUCUACCAUGGGCUGUCACGGUCCUGAUAGCGGCCGUCGAUCGCCCCAGGUCAACUCCAAAAAUUCUUCUUGUCAUUAUUUUUGCCCAGCUCUUAUGUCUCGUUUUUCUGCUUCUCUCAUGCGAUCGAAUUCCGGGUCUUGCUGGCGCUCUCGCAAUUGCCGAGGCUUGUGUAGCGUUGGCCGUGGUGCUCGUGAUACUUCUAAUGCCGAUGCGCGAUCCCAAUUUGGAUAGAGCUGAUAUCAGUUCACCUUCCAAACCACCAUCAUUUCACCUGCGCAGUCCGGAAGACAACCUUUCUCUUUGGCAAUUUAUGUCAGUGUCUUGGAUGAGUACACUUAUUUCCACUGGUUCCAAGAAGCAGUUGAACGAUGAAGACGUUUGGAAGCUCCCACAUGAGUUUCAACAUGCCAAGCUUCAUUUGUUAUUUCGAGAUUUGAAAGGGACUGUUGUCAAACGCCUCCUCAAAGCAAACGGAUUGGACCUCAUCAUCACCUCUUUCUGCGGGAUACUUGAAUCGGUUACAAACCUUUUCGCUCCGGUUAUACUGCAACGACUGCUCCGCUCAAUCGAGGACGGUCAGUCUUCAAGACGAACUGCGAUAGAGUUUGCUGCCUUCAUAUUGGCCAUCCGCCUUGUUGCUGCACAGUCCGCAGUAUUCUCCCUUUGGUAUAGUAGGCGUUGUUAUGAACGGUCACGAGGCGAGAUGAUUACCAUGAUUUAUGAGAAGACUCUUACUAGAAAGUCCUUCGGAUCUCAAGCAGAAGAAAAGGUUGUGGAAGAAGACAGUGCCGACACGGCCGAGGGUCCACCUCCACCGAAGUCCCGUCUGGCAAGACUGUACCUCCGCCUGUCACACGUCUUCAGAUGGCGGAAGGAUCAGAGUCAAACGACCGCACUCCACGAUGCGAAGCAGCCGGCAACGAUGGGAAAGAUUCUGAAUCUUAUGAGGAACGAUGUCUAUGAAGUUGCGCAACGAUUCUGGGAAUUCCCCUCCAUCAUAACAAAACCGCUUGCUUUUGUUGUUUCGUUUGUUCUUAUAUGGAAGCUUCUCGGCUGGCCCUGUCUUCCUGGCAUGGCAUGCGUUAUCAUAGCCCAAAUUGUCAACGCCAGUCUUGUCCGAUUCCUGCUACAAUGGGAGCGUACUCGUAGGACUGCUACGGAUAAAAGGCUCCAGACGACAUCACAGUUUGUUGAGGCGAUUCGCCAUCUGCGGUGGUAUGACUGGCAAAAUCACUGGCUUGACAAAAUCAUGGAUGCGAGACGUCAUGAGCUACGCCUUCGUCUCGUCACCGGGUUUCUGAACAUUGCCAUAUCUGCCACCAACACAAUGGCGAACGGUAUAUUUCCAGUCGCCGUGUUUUACGCCUACACGCUGCUUGCGGGGCAGCCAUUGUCUAUUGACGUGGCAUUUCCCGCCCUCCAGUUGUUCAAUCAAUUUUCUCGGAGCUUGCGGGAGCUUCCUGGCCUCAUAACGGUACUUCUCAAUGCGUCGGUUGCCGUUGGUCGUAUAGAAGACUUCAUGAGCGAGCCCGACAAGGAAGAGAAAUAUGUCCAUACCGAAUCGUUUGAAAUCGCCUUUCACAACGCAGCCUUUUCCUGGCCAGGCAAGACUGUUCCUGUUCUGGAAAAGCUAAAUCUCCGGUUUCCCGUCGGUCUUACGGUCAUUUGCGGCAAAGUUGGAACAGGAAAAACGGCACUCCUGGAAGCGGCUCUCGGGGAGUUGGAUCGCGUUGCAGGUGAAGCCAGUCUACCUGAUGAAAUGGUAGGGUACUGUACUCAGUCACCAUGGCUUCAGCACAUGAGUAUCAGAGAGAACAUCCUCUUUACCUCACCUUAUGACGAGCGCCGGUACAAGCAGGUCCUCGAAGCAUGCGCUCUGACGCCGGACCUUUCCAACUUCAAGAACGGGGAUCUAUCACACAUAGGCGAAAAUGGAAUCGGUCUUUCUGGGGGACAAAAAGCGCGUGUUGCGCUUGCAAGAGCCGUCUACAGCCGGGCCCGGCUACUCCUACUCGAUGACCCGCUUGCGGCACUAGAUCACAACACUGCUGAAACCAUCGUCAGCAGACUGCUCCGUGGUCCGCUGAUGGAGAACCGGACGGUUCUACUCGUAACUCACCGGGUCGACCUGUGUAGUCACUUGGCAGAUCAGAUGGUCGAAAUCCGAGGAGGUACAGCGCACUUGCUCGACCCCUCGGCGCUCCCUUCAGAAUAUUUGAGUUCCAAAGACCAGGAAGAUGCCGAUAGCAACGAGCCUGAUUCUGCUGAAGUGCAACUUGAGCAGGAGGAGAAUGCCGUUCCAGACAAGUUCAUUGAGGACGAACAUCGGGCUCACGGUGGCGUCGUCGCUUCUGUGUACUGGCAGUACAUCAAGGCCGGCAAGCUGAAAUGGUGGGCCAUUGUGAUACUCCUCUUCGCAUUGUUCCGGCUCAACCGUCUCAUGAACUACUGGUUCCUCAAAUCCUGGGGAGAGGCCUAUGGCAGAGUCCGAGAACAAGCCAUCCUUAACUUUUCCAACUUGUUCGACGGGCUUCCCUCUCCUGAAACAAACGUUCGGCCCUGGUUGGUUGGCUAUCUCUCUUUUGCCCUUACGCAAGUGCUACUCGACAUUCUCUCCGAGUCUGUUUUGUUGGCAAUCGUAUACACUGCCGGAAAACGGCUGUACAAACAGGUACUACUCCGCGUGAGCUGCGCCACAUUCCGCUUCUACGAUGUCACCCCGGUUGGCCGUCUGAUGAAUCGGCUUACUUCGGACAUGGGGACAUUAGAUGGUGGCAUUAGCCAACAACUGCAAGACGUUGUUUGGUGGGUUAUCGCAUGGGUGUCCUCAAUCGUUGUCAUUGCAUCAGUGACACCGCUGUUCCUUGCGUUCUCUUUGGGGCUUACUGCUUGGUUUGUCUUUAUAUUCUUCCGAUUUUUGCCGACUUCCCAGAGCUUGCGUAGAUUAGAGAUGGUAUCAUUGACACCUCUCAUGUCCAACUUUGGCAUACUACUAGAUGGCUUGAUUACCAUUAGAGCAUUCCGAGCACAACCACACUUUCAAGACCGCGUAAUCGUUGUUACGGAUGCUUUCCAGAAAAUGGACCAUUUCUAUUGGAGUCUACAGGCUUGGCUGAUGUACCGCUACGAUGCCCUGUCAGCUUGCUCGACCUUUGCCCUUACCCUGAUCGCGCUGUACCAGAACCUUUCAUCCGGUCUCACGGCGUUUAUGCUUACCGCAGCUUCAACUCUCGUAUUGUCCACGCAUUCCCUGUGCAAGGAAUACGGCAAGCUGCAGAUGGACUUUGUGUCGGUAGAGCGGGUGAUUGAACUGCUGCAUCUAGAAGAAGAGCCGAGCGGGAACGAGAAGCCACCAGCAUCGUGGCCCGCAUACGGCGACGACAUCGAGUUCGACAACGUCACGAUCCGCUACGCGGCGCACCUGGAGCCGUCGCUGGAGAACAUCUCGCUCAGGAUUCCCGGCGGCUCGACCACGGCCAUCGUGGGCCGCACCGGCUCCGGGAAGAGCACGCUCGCGCUCACGCUGCUCGCGACCGUGCUGCCCGAAGCGGGCGGCUGCAUCCGCGUCGGCAACAUCGACCUCGCCAACGUCGACGUGCACGCCUGGCGCCAGCGAAUCAGCUUCGUCGCCCAAGACCCCGUCCUAUUCCCCGGCACCCUGCGGCAAAACCUCGACCCCCUCCACGAGCACAGCGACGCCGCCUGCCUCGCCGUGCUGCACCGCGUGCUCGGCGCGCACUGGGCGCUCGAGACGGCCAUCGACGGCGGCGGGCGCAACCUCAGCCAGGGGCAGCGGCAGCUCGUCGGGCUGGGCCGCGCCGUCAUGCGCCGCAGCCCGGUCGUCGUGCUGGACGAGGCCACGGCGUCGAUUGAUCGCGAGACGGCGCUGUGGAUCCAGGACGUGUUGCGUGAGGAGCUGAGGGAGAGUACGGUCUUGACGAUUGCGCAUCGUGUUGAGGCGGUUAAGGACGCGCAGUUUGUGGUUGUGUUGGAGGGGGGGAGGGUGAAGGCGGCGGGGAGGGUGGGGGAUGUGCGGUUUUAG